GGGUCGCACUUGAGCUGGCCAUUGUGUGUAACCCAAAUAGAAGUAGCCAGUCGGGUCGUUAAGAAGGCCCAUAUUUAUACACACUCAUCACAUUUUUCUCCUCUCCUCUCUACUGCAGCUGCCGAUUGGACCUCCAAUGGAAUACGAAGAGGAACAAGUGAAGGUUGACAAAAACUUCCCCUUAUUCUCCCGUAAAACCAAACCGAUCACCACACCUAAGCCCCUUCCAAAGGAACAGCAGCAGCGGCAGCGGCAGCGGCAGGAAGUUGAAAAGGAGACCAACUCUAACCCUACGCCCACUCACAUCACUUUCUCCGACUUAGGCCUCGCCGAAUGGGCAAUCAAAACCUGCAAAGAACUCGGCAUGAAAAACCCUACACCCGUACAACGCCACUGCAUCCCUCGAAUACUCUCCGGUCAGGACGUACUAGGUUUAGCUCAAACAGGUAGCGGUAAGACAGCUGCAUUUGCGCUGCCGAUUCUUCAUCGUUUAGCUGAGGAUCCUUACGGAGUGUCGUGUCUCGUGGUUACUCCUACACGGGAGCUUGCUUUUCAGCUUGCUGAGCAGUUUAGGGCGUUGGGUUCCUGCUUGAAUUUGCGGUGUGCUGUGGUGGUUGGAGGAAUGGAUAUGAUUAAUCAGACCAAGAGUUUGAUGCAGAGACCUCAUGUGGUGAUUGCGACUCCUGGAAGGAUUAAGGUUCUCAUUGAACAGAAUCCUGAUCUUCCACCUGUCUUCUCCAGAACUAAGUUCCUCGUCUUGGAUGAAGCAGAUAGAGUUCUAGACGUAGGGUUUGAAGAGGAGUUAAAAGCAAUCUUUCAGUGCUUGCCGAAGAAUCGACAAACUCUUCUAUUUUCUGCCACAAUGACUAGCAACCUAAAGACGCUACUUGAGCUUUCUGCAAACAAGGCAUAUUUCUAUGAGGCAUAUGAGGGAUUCAAGACUGUAGAAUCACUUAAGCAGCAGUACAUUUUUAUUCCGAAAAAUGUGAAGGAUGUCUAUCUGCAAUACAUUUUAUCCAAAAUCAAAGAUAUAGGUGUUCGUUCUGCAAUCAUUUUUGUCUCCACCUGCAGGAUCUGUCAGCUUUUGGGUUUGUUGUUGGAAGAACUCGAAAUUGAUGCUGCCUCGCUGCAUUCAUACAAGUCCCAGUCACUGAGGCUUUCUUCACUUCAUAAAUUCAAGUCUGGGCAGGUCCCUAUAUUGGUCGCUACUGAUGUUGCAAGUCGUGGUUUAGACAUUCCAACUGUUGAUCUGGUGAUAAAUUAUGACAUUCCAAGGUAUCCACAGGAUUAUGUUCAUCGUGUUGGACGUACUGCAAGAGCUGGACGAGGUGGACUUGCUGUCAGCUUUGUUACUCAGAAUGAUGUGAAUCUCAUUCAUGAAAUAGAAGCCGUGCUUGGGAAACAGUUGGAGAAAUUUGAAUGUAAGGAGAAUGAGGUGCUUGAUAAUAUCACAAAGGUUUACAAGGCUAAGCGUGUUGCAUCAAUGAAGAUGAUGGAUGAUGGCUUUGAGGAGAAAGCAGAAAGCCGUAAAGCUCAGAAACUGAAAAUGCAAAACGAGAGAAAGGGAAGGAACAAAAAGCGGAAAAGAGAAAGAGCUACAAAAGAUAUAGAAGCUUGAUAUCUCCUCCUAUAUCUUGUGAAUAGCAGAGCUUCUUGACGCGGGAGCUGCAUUUUGCACUAGCGGCUACAAAUGGAGUUUUUGUUCGUUAUAUUCCUCCGCGCAUCAACCAAAAAGGAGAAUUUCUACAUUCAUUCUUAUAGUCUUACGCCCUUGUAAUGUUCAAACCUUGAGUUGAUACAUCCAAAUAUCGACGGUCAAUGUACCACGUAUAAAUUUUAGAGUUAAAAUUAUUCCAAAGACGAUGAUAGUAUUAGGUGCAAAUUGUUAUUUGAAAGUGUCCUUUUGCUUCA